CUAACAGUGUUUCCUGCUGUCGCAACUCUUUGUCAUUCUUCUCUCUUUCACUUUCCUCUUCCCUCCGCUGUUACACAUUAACUAUCCCUCCCCUCCUCUACCUACUACUAGUCUUUGUUAUUUCUUUCUCUUCUUUUCUCCUUUCACUCCAAUACUCACUCUCUCUCUUUCGCCCAAAACACACUGUAUUCCUAUCUCCCUUUUUUCUUCCGCCCACAAUAUUGACGUCGUUUCUUACCACUACUACUACUACUACUACUACUACUACUACUACUACUUUCUCAUCCCCUCUCUCACUCUAAAAUGCUCACAAACCCGCACUUUCUUGUUCGCUCUCCCUUUCCCUCUCUCUCCUGACCCUCGUUUUCUCCCACUCCCCUGACUCUCCCUCCGCCCACGUUGUGGUCAUAUCCUACUACUGUUACUCUUCUUCUUCUUUUCUGUCUGUCUCUCCUUUCUUACUCCUUCUCUCUAUUUCAACCUUUUCUAUCACCUGUCUCUUCCACUCGAACUCCCACUUUCAGUCCCUCCCAUUCUCUCCAAUUAAUCUGACUUCGUCAGGCUUUAUUAUACAUCAAUCUGCCUCUCUCAUACACCCAUUCUAUUUAUCUUUAUCUUUCCAUACCUGUCAUUCUGUAUCUCUCUGUAUUUCAUUCAAACUCUAUUUGUACAUCUACCUUUCUAUCCACAUCUUUUCCACUCUGACUGUGAGUGUGUAUGUGUAUAAUUAUAUAUACCUCAUUCAACUUGGUCUUUCUCUGUCUAUCUACCUUUCUUCAUCUCUAUCUCUCUUUUUCUCCAUCCCACUAAAUACGAACACCAUUUGUUGGUGUGUAUUUUCUUAUUCAGAAAGACAGACGGUUUCUUUCGGCAACUGUCACCGAAGAACCUUACGGAAGGAUAUCUUAGAAUGGAGACAGACAAUGGCUAAACCAUCAGGUUUAUUAUAACGAUAAUAACAAACAACACCAUCUUACAACAACUUCCAUCCACCGUGGAAUCAUUUUAAACGGUGUUCCGUGAGAGAAUCGAAACUACUUCACAUGGAAUAUUAACUGACAAUUACUACAACUGCAAGAAAAGCAGCAUCAAAAAUUAUCUCAUCUGCCUCUCUUGUCUGUCGGUCUGUUUGUUUAUCUAUUUACCUAUCUAUAUAUCUGUUCACCUAUAUAUCUAUCUUGACUGUCUCUGUCCAUCUACCUGGCUGUUUAUCCGUCUAUCUGUCUGUCUAUCCAUCUAUCUCUCUUUAUCUAUCUUUCUGUCUGUCCUUUUCAUCUGUCUGUCCAUCUAUCUCUCUGACUCUAUCUGUCUUUCUGUCUGUCCUAUUCAUCUGUCUGUCUGUCUAGCUUGUUAGCUAUCAGCCAGUCUAUCUAUCUGUCUAUCUAUCUAUCUAUCUAUCUAUCUAUCUAUCUAUCUAUCUAUCUAUAUAUAUAUAUAUAUAUAUAUAUAUAUAUAUAUAUAUAUAAGUACGUACAUAUAUGUAUGUCUGUGUGUAAGCACGCGCGCACGCACAUGCAUUCAUCAUUUUCCAUAUCUUGUCUUUCUGUCUACCUCAGCAGCAGCAGUAAUAACAACAGUAACCUGUCUAACACAUCAAUGGUGCAUUAAUGUUCCAGAGAUCAAACACAUGACACAUCUGUAAUAAUAGCAAUAACAACUUCAACGUAAAUAUAACAACAUAAAUGUAAUGUCAGUAUAAAUAUAUAAAUAUAGCACCGUCGACAACAAUGACAACAAGUGUUUAUGUCUCUGUGAAAUAUAUAAAAAGCGAGGCGAGAGAACAUCCCCCGCCCCAAUGACUGCUGAAGUUGGCAGUGAGGAUGUUUUGGUGAUAACGCCAACAAUAGCAACAACAACAACAACCAAAUCGAGAAAUGUUUAUGAUAACAGUCUUUCCAAUCAAGAGUCAACAGUGAUGGCCAGCAGCUCUUUUACCAUUGAUGAUGCUUUCGAGUCUGAUGAUGAUGAAAAGAUCCGAGUGUAUGGGUCAACGAAGGCGACAUCACCCAUACAGCGACACUCACCUCAGUCUUUGCAGCGCAAACACUCACUUCCACGACGCCAAGGCUCAGACACAGUCAGUUCUUCUUCCGUAUCUAUAGCAUCUUCUGUGCCAACAACGGCAGACAUUGCCGACCCACCGUCCAUUGGUUCAGUGGGCGGUGGAGGUACACCUUGUGCAACCCCUACAAACAGUGGAGGUCCUGGUGUUGUAGGGGUUACUAAUUUGACAACGACUUCAGCCCCUGGACUUGUUGUAACAACGAGAAGUGUGGCCACCCCACAAGAGACGGAUGAAGCUAGUGCAUCGUUGAUAAUAAAGGCUACCAGUAAGAAAUCACCCAGUUGGUAUAAACAUCCCAAAAUUCGUGAAAACUGGAAAGUUGUCCUUGGAUCCAUAGCUUUGACACUAAUUGGAUCUGCACUCCUCCUGGCAGGUUUAUCUGUAGCCAUAUCAAUAAAAGCAUCACACAGUGUUGUAUUGUUCAUUGCUGGACUUAUAUGCUUUAUUCCUGGAGUGUACCAUGUGGUGUACAUCUACUGUGCAUUGCAAGGUAGAAUGGGCUUCAGCUUAUACAACUUACACAUUUUCAAAUGAGGAGAAGACAGAAAGGAUCAGACCAACAAAUAACAUAAACCUUUGCGUUCUGAAUGACACUUUUGUUGUGAUUUAUCAAGUGUGGUGGCCAUCAACUGGAUAUACCGAGAGUACCAAUGUGGUCAAUACACUUACCCAAGUUAACCCAUUUACAAGGGCAGUCCUGAUUAAACCAAGAUACAGAUUGAAACCUUAAUUGGCAAUACUGACUACAUCUACACCUGUUCUGAUAUACUUAGCAAGGAACUAUUCCAAAGAUCAUACUAAUGUACAUAGUUAAACAGAGAGUGUACACUGAUGCUACUGCAAAGCAACAACUGCUUUUAACAAGGUACCAAAUAUUUACAGUAUACAUUGAUUGAACUCUACUCAAAACACUCAAACACAUACCCAAGGUACCAAUACCCUUUGUCAAGAAACAGAUCUAUGCCCAACACAACCACCACCAUCCAAGGUACAGAGAUAAUGAUAUAUCCAGACAAGUGUAAUAACAUACUUAAACAAACAUGUAAUUAUAUUCCAAAAUGCCCAUACAUACAUGCAUACAUACACAUACAUUUGCCACAUACACAAACACACAAAGACUUCCCUGCAAACAUCACAGGACGCCAUGGUUACCAUCGAUAUGACUGUGUUGUGUGGAUCAAUGAAAUACUGGCAACUACCAGUUUUAAGAGUACCAGUAGAUCACAUGACAACACUUUAUAAUUUAUAACUGGUUGUUUGAAAUCAAUAUGUGAUAUUUAGACUCUCUCCCUCACACACACACACAUACAUACACACACACACACACACACAUGCACAGAUAAACAUAAAUGUGUAUAUAUGUAUGUUUCAUACUAGCAUGGAAAGCAGUUGUAAAAAUGAUGGUGAUGAUGAUGAUGAUGAUGAUGAUGAUGAUGAUGAUGACUCCGAAACUGUUUAUGUUUCCAGAAACGAAAAAAAAGUGCUUAAGAAAUAGAUUACCCUGCUUAUUUCAAAGAUGAAAAUAUACAAGUUAUAACAAAUAAUUUCACAUACCAUUUUCCCAAGUACCUGAGCAUCAGGAAUGAAUGAGAAUCUAAUAGUUGUAACAUGGGAUUUUUCAGCUUCGUAAUACAAUGUGUGUGUGUGUGUGUGUAUACAUACACACACACACAUAUAUACAUUAUAUAUACACACAUGCACACACAAACAUACACACAUACAUACAUACAUACAUACAUACAUACAUACAUACAUACAUACAUAUACAUUGAUUGAUUGAGUGAGUGAUAGUAAGCUACAGGGAAAGCAGACAGUAGGAGAAAUCUUCAGAAGAACUCCCAUCAGACAAGUGUUUCAACCUGUUAGUUCCUGACUACCCAGGCCCACCUAGGUAGUGACUCCUAGGUGUCCUCCUGAUGUAGUGGGGAUUAAACUCAAAACCUUCAGAUGAUACAUAUAUAUAACCCAUGCUAGCAUGGAAAGCGGAUGUUAAAUGAUAUAUAUAUAUAUAUAUAUAUAUAUAUAUAUAUAUAUAGUGUAUAAGAGAGAUUACAUACAUGGAAAAAGCAAAAACCAAACACAUUAAAGUAGCACUCAGUACUUUUAUUUGAUUUAUAAGAUUACGGUCCCAGUUUACACCAUUUCCAUUUCUCAGAGUUGCAUUUCCAUAAAUAAGGAUAACUUUAAAACUCUGAGUAACAUAAUAUUGUAAAGUAACUGACAUCUAGAAUAUAUAAGGCUUAUGAUAUAAGUAAAACAUAAUAUAUAAGGCUUAUGAUAUAAGUAAAACAUAAUAUAUAAGGCUUAUGAUAUAAGUAAAACAUAAUAUAUAAGGCUUAUGAUAUAAGUAAAACAUAAUAUUUAUGUGUGAAGUAUAGAAACAAUACAAGGAAAGCUUAGUAAAAUAUAAACAGUAGAAAUUUGUGCACAGAGAUAGAUGUCAUAAGCAUACAAGAAGAUACACUUCUACAGGUAUAUGCGUUUAUAAGAUGGCAUGUAGAUAAAUAAUGGGUGUGAAUAGUAUAUAAGCCAAUAGUAGGUGAUGGUGUGGGUGGAGGUAGCUGUUGGUGGAAUAUAACUAGUAGAGUAGAUAGCCAGGAGAAAGUAGGGAAAGGAUGAGAAAGGAAGGAGAGAGUGAGUAGAAAUAGAUAGGGUUGAAAAACAGUGGUUGAUAUAAGCAAGAGAGGCAGAAAUAGUGUGGAAGGGAUGCUACCAGACGGAAUGCUUAUGUGAGAGAGAAUGAAAUGGUUGUAUGUUCUAUACAAAUUUUCAAUGCACAAAGAAGUCCUUUCAGUAACAUUUUUCACCAAAAUUAGUAUGACCACUAAUCCAUUCAUAUUCAGAUACAAUUCUUACCCUUUCUCUUACUAAUUAUUCAACCUGCAGCCACUUCCAUACAGACCCAUAUGCGUGCACACACACACAGACACACACACACUCCUUAUACAUGUCACCAUCUAACUCUUUUAUAGAUGCCUGUGAUAUGUAUCCUCAUGCAUAGAUAUGGUGCACACCUUUGUAUAUGUGUAUGUGUAUGUAUGUAUAUAUGAAUAUAUAUCUAUAUAUAUAUAUAUAUCUUGAAGAUCCUGUGUGCUUACAGGUGAAUCUCAGAGUAGCAAGUGGAGGCUGACUUGACCAAAAUUAUAUAUAUGUAUGUAUGUAUGUCUGUGUGUGCGUGUGUAUAUAUAUAUAUGUGUAUAUACAUACGUUCAUACUUGUGAAUAUACACAGUAUGUUUGUGUUUAUUUCUUUGGGUCUCUUUCUCUCUCUCUAUCUAUAUUAUAUAUAAUUUCAUACAUACAUAUAUAUAUAUAUAUAUAUAUAUAUAUAUAUAUAUACAUACAUACAUAUAUAUAUAUACACAUACAUACAUACAUACAUAUAUACAUACAAUAUAC